CAUGUGCUGAGGCAUCACAUCCCAGUCCUCUUGGAUGAUCCCUUUGUGUUAAAGAGGAUUGUGCUGUUACAGGAAUCACUGACUUUCAAGGAUGUGUUUGUGGACUUCACCCUGGAGGAGUGGCAGCAACUGGACUCUGCUCAGAAGAACCUCUACAGGGAUGUCAUGCUUGAGAACUACAGCCACUUGGUGUCUGUGGGGUAUCUAGUCACCAAACCAGAUGGGAUCUUCAGGUUGGGACCAGAAGAGUCUGGGAUGACAGACAGAGGAACUCCAGUGCUGAGCUGUCCAGAAGUCUGGCAAGUUGAUGAACAGAUAGAUAACUACAAGGAAAGCCAAGACAGACCUCUGUGGCAAGCUGCAUUUAUAGAUGAGGAAACACUGAAAGAUGAAAGUGGUCAAGAAUGUAAAACAGAUAGAAAAAUCAUUUAUGUGAGCACAGACUUAGCUUCUAUAAGACAAAGACUCUCUAAAUAUUAUUUACAGAGAAGGUGUUCAAAACAUAAUUUCAACUUUCUUAGUCAAAAUAGAAGCUAUGUAAAGAAGAAAGAGGAUGGUUAUAAGUCAUAUUGGAAAUUAUGUUUUCAUUCUAAUCUUGAUAAAACUUAGCUUGCAGAGAAAAUUUUCAACCCUAAUCAACGAAGAAAAGCCUUCCAUCCUAAGCAAGCCCCUGAUAAAAAUCAGAGAAUUCAGACUGGGGAGAAACUCUAUGAAUGUACUGAAUGUGGAAAAGUGUUUAUCCAAAAAGCAAACCUUGUUGUACAUCAAAGAAUUCACACUGGCGAGAAGCCUUAUGAAUGCUGUGAAUGUGCAAGAGCCUUCAGCCAGAAGUCAACCCUUGUAGCACACCAGAGAACUCAUACAGGGGAGAAGCCCUUUGAGUGCAGUGAAUGUGGGAAAACCUUUAUUCAGAAGUCAACUCUAAUGAAGCAUCAGCAAAUUCACACGGGAGAGAAACCAUUUGUACGUGGCAAAUGUGCAAAAGCCUUUAAGAGUUCAUAUCACCUUAUUAGACAUGAAAAAACACACAUUAGACAAGCAUUUUAUAAAAGUAUUAAAUGUGCUAAGUCUAGCCUUAUAUAUCAAAAGACUCAUAUGGAUGAUAAACCUGAGCACAGUGAACAUGAAAAAGUCUGUGAUAAGAAGUCUACCAUUCUAAUCAAACAUCAGAAAAUGCAUACAAGAGAGAAGGGUUAUGAGUGCAGUAAAUGUGGAAAAAGCUUUAGGGAAAAGUCACGCCUCUCUGUGCAUCAGAGAAUUCACUCAGGAGAGAAACCUUAUGUAUGCAGCAUAUGUGGGAAGACUUUCAGUGGAAAAUCAAACCUCUCUGUCCAUCAUAGAACUCAUACAGGAGAGAAACCCUAUGAAUGUAUAAGAUGUGGGAAAGCCUUUAGUGAGAAAUCAACCCUUACUGUACAUCAGAGAACUCAUACAGGAGAGAGACCCUAUAAACUCAAUGAAUGUGGGGAAGCCUUCAGUGAAAAGUCAUCACUGAUUAAACAGAAGAGAAUUCAUACAGGUGAGAGACCCUAUGAAUGCAGUGACUGUGGGAAAGCUUUUACCAGAAAGUCAACUCUUAUUAAACAUCAUAGAGUUCAUACAGGAGAAAAACCCUACAAAUGCAGUCAAUGUGGAAAAGCCUUCAGUGUGAAAUCAACUCACAUUGUACAUCACAGAAUUCAUACAGGAGAGAAACCCUAUGAAUGCAGAGAUGGGAAAGCCUUUAGUGGGAAGUCAACUCUCAUUAAACAUCAGAGAAUUCAUACAAAAGAUAAAACCUAUGAGUAUACUUGAGACUGGAAUAAUUUUACUAGUAGUUA